CACAGGCUAUCCCAGCCAGGGUAUGUUUAGUGUCAAUGAAGAUGCCUGCAGCAGUUAAAACAACCCUAGAUGGUUUACUAACAGAUACUAACAACCUGGAUGGAGCUUUACCUGAAUUAAAAAAGAAGAAGAACAAGAAGAAAAGAAGGGAUUUACAGAUGCCUGCAUGUUUUAGGAAGAUGUCUCAAGAAAUAGCUAACACUUUCCCUCACACCAAACAAGUUGGGACUUAUCUAGUGGGGAAAAUGAUCAACAAGGGCUCCUUUGCCAAAGUGAUGAAGGGACUGCAUCUUCCCACAGGUGAAAAGGUAGCUAUUAAAGUCAUCAACAAGAAAAAAGCCCAACAGGACUCCUAUAUUUUAAAGAACAUGAAGCGGGAGCCCCGCAUUCAGCAGAUGGUCAAGCACCCUCAUAUUGUUCAGCUUUAUGAAACCCUGGAGACAGAAAACUCAUUUUACAUGGUCAUGGAGCUGUGUCUGGGUGGAGAUCUCCUGGACAAGAUCUAUGACCAAAAGAAACUGGAUGAAAAGGAAGUAAGGCGGUUCACCAGGCAGAUAAUGUCAGCCGUGGGUCAUCUCCAUCACCAUGGCAUUAUCCACAGGGACUUGAAAAUCGAAAAUUUUCUUUUAGAUGAAAGCAACAAUAUCAAGAUUGUGGACUUUGGCUUGAGCAACAUUAUGAAGGUGGAGGGUCUUUCUCAGGAGCUGUUAAACACUCAGUGUGGAAGUCCAGCCUAUGCUGCCCCGGAACUGCUGGCUCAUAAGAAAUAUGGUCCAAAGGUGGAUGUUUGGUCCAUAGGGGUUAGUAUCUUUGCUAUGCUCACGGGCACGCUGCCAUUUACUGUGGAACCAUUCAACAUCAAGCACCUUCAUCACAAGAUGGUGAAUAGGGAAACCAGCUCUGUUCCAGAUGACAUCUCUUCUGGAGCUGUGCAUUUUAUGCACUCCUUACUAGAGCCUGAUCCAGCCAAGCGGCCUACCAUUAAAGAAGCAAUGAAAGACAAAUGGCUGAAUGAAGGAUGGAACAGGAAACCACUAAGUUCUAUUACAUAUAAGAACAGGCUUCAUCCUGAGGAUCUUAACUUCACAGUUCUGAACUACAUGGCAAACACCAUGGAACCUGGUCUCUCGGAAAUUAUCAAUGUGCUGAUAAACAACAAGCCAUCUUCCAUCAUGGCUUCCUAUAGCUUGCUGCUAAAGAAACUAAUGAGGUUUCAAAAGGAGCAUAAAAUCCUGAAGAAAAGUCACGUGCUCUCAAAACAUAAUAACACACUUCCCAAAAUAACGAAUCCAAAUCCAGAAGGAGAAACUCAUACCCUGCAAGAGACCAAAGCAAUCAUGCCUGGAGCCUUCAGGAAAGGUGAAGUUUCUACUUUUUCAGAGCAAGACCAGAGUAACCUCAAACUACUUACAUCUGCAAAUAAAAAGGGUUCAGAUGACCAAAAAAAUCAGCCAUAUUUGGAAUUCCCCCUGAAUACUGAUGGUCGCAGAAGUUCAUCUAAAGCCCAGAUAGCAUAUCUUUUUGAAGUGCUACCUCUCAAAUUAGAAGCUCACUCUGCAAAACUACCAAACCCACAAUCCAAUUUAUCAGCAGCAUCCUGUAUAGGCAAGGGUGGAGGGUGGAGCCCCAUACUUCCACAAGACACAAGAUUUAAAGACCUCCUGAGACCUGAGGAUGAAAAUAUUCCAAAUCCAAUAUGGCAGCCCCAAGAAAAGGGGAUUUCUAACACAUCAAUGAAUACAUCUCCACAGUUUACUCCCUUACCCAGGCUUAGACAUAUAGGCUUAAAAAAGAGUCUUGCAAAAAAGAUUUUUUGGAUAAAAGCGUCUCAGCAAGUGUCAAGUGCAUCCUCUCUUAUGGCCAAAAGUUCCAGACCACCUGCUCUCCCGAUGUCUCAGCAACAGAUGUUACUGAGAAGAAGUUUGAGGCAAUAUAAGGAAAAGCCAAGAAUCCUUUUUAACCGCAAGAAUAGUAGAAAUAUAGCAGAACAUAAAAACAUAAAAAUGAUAGAUCUGAAUCUCCCAGUGUUAUCGUCCCCUUGUCAGACUUGGCCAGGUAAAAAGUCUGAGGUCUUAAAAUUAAAUUUUGCUCAAAAUGAAUGAAUUAGAUUUGUUCAGUUAAAAAGAAAGCAACAUGGGAUUGGCUACAUCUUUUUUACACCCACACUAAACAAGUAAGGAUCAUCUAGCGUCAAAAGUAUACAAAAUAAAAGCUAUGACUUUGACCUGAGAAGAUCACAGUUUUGAGUUCUGUGCUUGUGACCUAAUAUGCCUUAUACCAUUUUUCUAUGUAAUACAGGAAGUGGUGAUCAAGAGCUGAAAGUAUAAAUUUGGAAAUAAGCUUAGUUCUAAUUUUUACUUCUAUAA